AUGCUGCAGUGGGCCAACCCAGACCCUCCCGCGCCCGCCCUAGGCCUCCUCAUGUUGCAAAUUAUGGCCCUCCCCUCUUUCAUGAAUCGAUUGAGCCGGGAUCUACUUAUAAUCGAGGAUGGUGGACCCGAGUCUGAUGCCGGUAUCACCCUGCGCACGCACUCUACGGAAUCCGAGCUCGUUGCUCUGCCUCUUGUCCUUCGUGAUGUGAUUGAUAGCCUGUCGGUCGCCAACAAUCCGUCCCCCACUAACUCCAUUAACUACCCGAUGCCCCUCCUUUUCCACCCUUCCUUUGGCGACGUCAGGAACGCGGCUCUUCUCUUACCCGUAGCUUUCUCGCUUCGACUCCCCACAUUUUCACCAAUGGUCUGCGCUACCGAGCCACCGACGGCCAGGACCCCCUACGUCGCCGAACAACCGCACCCCCGAGAAGCCGCCACCAUUGGCCAAGUCCAGGUCGACCGCCGAUUCUACGACCUCGUCUUGAGCCGCGAGUCCCCCUCGUUCAAGCCUAUCGAGUCGCUCUCUAACGCCGAGGCCGAGAACCGGCCCCAGGUUAUCGUCGAGGCUACGCUAAAGAACGUCGAGGACGCCGAGGCCGCUUACCGCAAGUGGUACGAGGAGGAACACAUCGAGAUGCUGUCCCGCGUCCCCGGCUGGCUCCGCACGAGGUGGUACAAGACCUCGAGCAUCGAGGACGUCGGAAAGGUCACCUACCUGGCCAUCCACGACUAUACCCAGCAGAACGGCCUGGGUGGUCCCGAACACAAGGCUUGCAUGUCCACCCCUUGGCGCAGCGAGGUCGACGAGAAGUUGCCUAUCGAGAAGGGCGAGUUCAUCUCCGACGGAUCCCGCGCCAACGCCACCCUGACCACCACGAUCACCGCCCCGGGCCCCAGCGCGACGAUCGAGUCCUACGUGUCAGCCUCCGACGGCCUCACCAUUCCUUAUCGCCUCGAGGGCAACCCUUCUCCUAGCGCUCCCAUCGUCGCCUUCAGCAACUCUCUCCUCACCUCUCUGCACAUGUGGGAUCCCUUGAUUGACAUCAUCAAGGCCCAGCGCCCCGAUCUCCGCAUCCUCCGCUACGACACCCGCGGCCGUCACGCCGACCUCCGCGAUGUCCUUGACUCCCUAAGGAUCGAGAAGCUCGCCGCCCUUAUUGGCGUUUCCAUGGGUGGUGCCACCACUACCCGGUUCGCCAUUGAUUUCCCCGAGCGCCUGGGCAAGUUCAUCGCCUGCGACUUCAACACCACCUCGAGCGCGGCCAACACGGAGGCUUGGAAGGAGCGCACUGCCACCGCCGAGGCCAACAACGGCGAGGGCAUCAACAACCUCGCGCCCGCCACGGUGGGUCGCUGGUUCCAUCCCCACACCAUGGAGAACAAGAAGGACGUGGUCGACUGGAUGACCAAGAUGGUCGCCGCCAACAGCGUCGAGGGCUUCAAGUACAGCUGUCAGGCCCUCUGGGAUUACGAUCUCAAGCCCCUCAUGCCCGCCUGCAAGGUGCCCGGCAUCUUUGUAGUGGGCGAGGGCGACGCCAAGGGCGCCCUGGUCAAGGCCAUGGAUGGCUUCAAGGGCCAGCUGGGACCGUCGGGCACGGAGCUUCGCAUUGUUCCCGAGACCGGCCAUCUGCCCAUGUCUGAGGCGCCUGAGCUGUUCUGGAAAGCCAUUCAGGACUACUUGUAA